AUGCGCUUUAUAUCAUUCAUUCUCCCUGUGUCUCUCGUUCUUGGGGCAUUUGCAAACCCCGUUCCUAGCCCGCUCGAGGCAUUCAAGCGCGCAGGUCCAGCCGCCGGACAAGUCAUUACCAAGUGCUCGUCGUCUGGAAUGCUUGCUUUGGCUUUCGAUGACGGUCCAUCUCAGCUAACUCAAACGCUUGUGAACACGCUUAACGCAGGCGGAGCAAAGGCGACCUUCUUCGUCACUGGUACUUUGUAUGGUUGUAUUCAUAACCAAGCCGGUGCCAUCAAAUCUGCGUACAACUCUGGUCAUCAAAUCGCCUCUCAUUCGUGGAGCCACCCAUCCAACUUUGGGUCUUUGAGCACGGCAGAUCUCACAAUCCAGAUGCAAAAGCUCGAAGGCGCGCUUAGAACGAUCAUUGGAAAGAAGGCAUCUACUGGGGGAAACGUCUUGAGCACGAUGAGGACGCUUGGCUACCGUGUUAUCACGGACGACGUUGACUCGGGAGAUUGGAAUGGACUCACUCCAGCACAAAGCGAGGCCAGGUUUACCGCUGCCGGUGCGGGUGGACUUGGACAUAUCCCUCUGAUGCAUGAAGUUUAUUCGACCACGGUCAACACCCUUGUUCCGUGGCUGAUCAAAUGGGCUAAGCAGAACAACCUCAAGCUUGUCACCGUUGCUGAGUGUCUUGGUGAUGCUGGAGGAGCGUACACCACUCCGACGGUCGCUGCGACAAGUACUUGCUAG